CAGCGGGAAAUCUUUAAUGCAAAUGAUUCUUCGCAAAGGAAAUCUGCCAAUGGCAAGAAUCAUGUUCUACACAGCGGAGAUGGUGGUUGCUGUCCAGUUCCUGCACUCUAAGGGCAUCAUUCAUCGUGACCUGAAACCUGACAACGUGUUGGUGGACAGAUACGGCCAUAUCAAGAUCUGCGACUUUGGCCUCGCCGCAGAGAACAUCUUCGACCAGACAAGAACCAACGGAGUAAUAGGAACCCCUGGAUACCGCGCACCAGAGGUGACAACAAACAUUUAAAAUACAAACAUAUUCACCUUUAAUUUAACCUUUAGUCUCAUGCAGAGAGUGAUAUU